AUGGGCGUGAUAGAUGCUCUGCCAAUGUUGGAAGUGUUCUCCAGUGUGGACAGCAGCACUUCCGUGCCAUGGUUUCACGCUUCCAAUAAAGUGAACGAUCUUGGUGUUGGCUCCGUAUCUGCAAAAGAAGGAAUUAUCCAGAAUUCGCAUGAAUACGCAUUUGGUGUAUUGGGUAAGACGCCAACAGUGAAGUUUGGUGAAUGUGACUCCAAGAUCUGGACGCUCGAUCAGUUUGAGAUUAUCAGAGUCGUUGCUGUUGAAGACGUCGACAAUGGAAACAUCGUCGAAGUGCUCUUCGAGCUGCUUGCGGACUGGAGCAGAGACCUGUAA